AAACGGGAAGAAGUUUCCAGUGAUAGUACUGUCCCAUGGUUUGGGAGGAAACCGGACCACAUACACCACCCUGUGUCUCGAGCUUGCAUCUCAGGGCUUCAUCAUUGCAGCAGUGGAACACAGGGAUGGAUCUGCUUCCAUGACUCUCUGCCUCCGGGAGAGCUUCCGUCACUCCGUCCGACAUGCAGACGACGGCAGCCACAGUCAUCAUCACCACCGCAACAGCUUCAGUGAGGACUGGAAAAAAUUUGACAAACCCAAACACAUCCAGUGGGAUGACUUUGACUACAGAAAUAAACAGGUUCACCAAAGAGCGGGGGGAGUGUAGCCGUGUGUUGGAUAUCCUCAAAGAUCUGAAUGACGGCAAACCCCUGUACAACUCCCUUGGAAUAAUAAUCAACACAAGUCACUUUAAGGAUACAAUGAACAUCACAGAAGCUUCCAUCAUUGGUCACUCGUUUGGUGGCUCCACCUGUGUCUGUGCACUGGCAGAUGAUGAAAGGUUUAAGGCUGGUGUGGUGGUGGAUGGGUGGAUGCAUCCUCUUGACGACAAGGUAUACAAGACAGUGAGUCAGCCCAUCCUGAUGCUCAACAUGGAGACCUUCCAGUGGAGGAAAACCGUGCAGCAGAUGAUGCGUCUGAAGACCGAUGACAAUGUAGAGAGGCUCAUGCUGACUAUUAAGGGGACGUGCCACCAGAGUGUCUCCGACUUCCAGUUCCUCACCAGCAAGGCAAUGGGUCGCCUGUUUAACCUGCGGAACAAGCUCACACCACAUGUAGCCAUGGACAUCAUCCGCUGUGGAACUCUGGGAUUCCUCUGGAAACACCUUGGCCAGGACUGCACUGACUCAGGCAAAGGGAACCAGUUUGAUAGUGUGUUGGAAGGGACACGGGAACAUGUUGUCAUGGGAACCAUACUAGAUCUCAGCUGAUUUUGAUGCUGAGACGUCACAGAGGUCACACACAUCCAGGAUAGAACCUUGGAUCACGGCAACAUGUUCUGACUCGACACCACCAUAGCAUUCAUCAGCAGUACAUUCACAGUGAAAUUCUCCCAGUGUUUGGUAGGAACAUUUUCCAGACCUAAUGGAGACAAAACUAUUGAAGUUGAUAGAAUAAUAGUUACUUUGUGCAUUGUGUACAAGGAAAUACACACCCAAUACAUGCUUGGUAGCAUUUCAGUCGGAGUGCUGUAACUUUCAAGAAACCAUUGCCUUCAUGUACAAGGCCCUGCAUUAGAUGUCUGCCGUUAUAAAAAUAUAAGUUUUAAGAUUUUAUUAACUGAAUACCGGUAGGUUUAAAGAACUGAAUGUGAAUGUACAAUAUUGAAACCAUUUGUCAAGAAUUAUUUAGAGCUGAAUGCAGGAUGUGACAUCAUGAUAUUUAUGAUGUUACGUGAAAUAAUACAACAGCAAAAGGCUAACAUUGAAAAAGCUCUAAGUAUUUGCAUUGUUUUGGUAGAUUUGUCUACAAAACUGGACAAUUUCUUUUUCAUUUUCAAUCAAAGAUGAAUUUUUAAAUGCAUUACAGCAUUGCAGUUAGAAGUUACAAAAUAAUUUUUUAGUACAGAAAUUUCAUUUUGAUGUAAAAAAGCAGAAAUAUGAUUCUGAGGAUGAUGAUGUAUGAGUGUUGUGUGCUGAUGGAAGUCCUACAUUGUUGCCUUACAAAGCCUUACGAUCCCUGUGAUGUUCACAAAUAUUACCCUGUUCUUUCAAUCCUUCAUCAAGUCAGUGAAUUCUAUGCUCAUGACACAACAGUUAUAUAUUUCCAAACACAUGUUAUUUAUACUUGAAUUUCAUGACAAUGUACCACAAGCCAUAAUGUUAUUUUGUCCAGUGUUGUGUUGUGUUGUGUUUAACUGCCCUGGCAACCAGUCUUUGGCCAUAAUAGUCAUUUUAUAUUAUUUCAUACUCUACACCUUUUUGCAGACACUCUGUUUAGAGAACACUUAGGGCAUUACCUGAAGUGGUAAACACUAGCACCUCAUCCAUUCAGGCAUCAGAAUGUAACCAACUGGUUUGUAACAGAGCUGUGUUAUUGCGAGAUCAUUACUUAUAACGUACCCCAAAUGAUAUUGAAAUAUGAGAUCCUAACCACAUCAACAAAAUUAUUGCUUAUAUUUAUGAUUACCAUAAAUCCUUACAUAAAUGCUGACCUUGAAUACUGUGCUGUCCAAGAAUAAAUGCCAGAUCAAUCUGUAUUUCUUUGAAACCUGUGAAAUUCUAGAAGACACUUUUAAUAUAUCUAACAUUUGAAACAAAAUCUGGAAAAAUGUAAUGCCAAAAGAGAACAGGUCGGAAAAAUAUGACUUGGCACAGUAAAUAACAGGAUUGAGAAUUUCCAGCAUGUAUUCAAAGAUUUACGGUAAUGUACACUGAGGGGUCAGGACCUCCAAGAACAAUUGUCUGACCCCAGGUGUCAGUUUUGUACAUGACACAACCAGAAAUAACCACAAGGUUGGCCUCAUUUGUGGAAACGUGCCAUGCACACAAAUAAGGGCAUUUCUGGGCCUGAAGUUUCAUAUUGGCCUUUGGUUCUAUACUCCCCAUCAAAAGUUUAGACUCACUUAAAGCACUCACUAUAUGUUAUG